AUGCAACCCAACCAUUUACCUUAUAUCUGCCCACAGCCUUCCCGUCAGCCAGUUCCGUGGGGAGAGGACCUCCUACUUCUCAGUAUCUUUCUGCCGCGUCGCUGUUGCUUUCAGACACUUCAGAUCUACACCAUGGCCGACGUCCAGCAGAUCCACAACUCCAUCAAGGCAAUCGCCCAUGACAAAAUCCACAUUUCCAUCGCCCAUACAGCCUAUCGACAAAAUGUAAGCCGUCUACGGGUUCUUCUCGAUACAGUCGCCGUCCGUCACGGUUUUACCACGGGGACAGUCACAAAAGCAAUGGUGGGCCCAGUUGGGCCCGGCAAUUUCUCACCGUUGGUAGCUGGCUGGGUAUAUCGCCACCUCUGGAAUCUCCGCCAGAGUGAGAGGAUGUUGCAGGUUAUUAUGAAUCCCAGAGAAUACGUCAACCAGAGAUACAACAUGGAUCAGCUUCGAUCCUGGACGAACACCAUCCGUCGCCCACAUGUCCAUCAACAAAAAUUGGAAGAAAUUGCCAACAAAGUGAAUGGGAUUCCCCAAGAGCUUCGAGCCCGUUUGCGCAAGGUCAUCUCAGAGAAUGCGAAGAUCCAGCAGAGAAUUGACAGGAUUGAGAAUACCCCGGGUGGGGUUGAUGUGGCCGCUUUGCUGGAUAAUUCGGACGAGGGAAGCUCCGGGGACGAGGAUACAUGUUAG